UCGCAAAGCCCGUAGCAAACUCGCAAUCUCUCAAACAAGCUCAUGGCCACCUCGGCGAUCACAUCCCCAGCGGCGCCGGAAGCGACGCUGCCCCUGGCCGGCCGCGUGGCCAUCGUCACCGGCGCGUCCCGCGGGAUCGGGCGCGGCAUCGCGACCCACCUGUCGUCCCUCGGCGCCAGCCUGGUCCUCGGGUACGCCUCCAGCUCUCAGCAGGCGGACGCGCUGGCCGCUGAGCUCCCGCGCGCCGUGGCGGUGAAGGCCGACGUCUCGGACGAGGCGGGCGUCCGGUCCCUCUUUGACGCCGCGGAGACCGCCUUCGGCGGCCCGGCGCACAUCCUCGUGGCCUGCGCUGGCCAGGGCAUCGGGACCUACCCGUCCCUCGCCAACACCGCCACCUCGGACUUCGACAACGUGUUCGCCGUGAACACCCGAGGUGCGUUUCUGUGCCUGCGCGAGGCGGCGAACCGGCUGCACCGCGGGGGCGGGGGCCGGAUCGUGGCCGUGUCCUCGACGCUGGCGGCGACGCUGCUCCCCGGCUACGCGGCGUACGUGGCGUCUAAGGCGGCCGUGGAGGCGAUGGUGCGGGUGGCCGCGAAGGAGCUCGGGUCGGCACGGGUGACGGUGAACUGCAUCGCGCCGGGGCCGGUGGCGACGGAGCUCUUCUUCGACGGGAAGAGCGAGGAGGCGGUGGAGAGGUUCAGGGCUGGGCACCCGAUGGGGCGGCUUGGGGAGGUCGGCGACAUCGCGCCUGCGGUGGGGUUCCUCUGCACCGACGCGGCCGAGUGGGUGAACGGCCAGGUCAUUCGGCUCAACGGCGGCAUUGCUUAAUUCAUUGGCGUGGCUGUCGCUCUGUUUCUCCCUUUCAAACGGAUAUCUCCGUUUUCUUAAAAAAUUGCUGUGCCUGUUUUUUUGUUGGAGGAUUGUGAUUAGCUGCUUUUGGUGCUUGAAUAAAGAAGAAAACACAAUGAUAUGGUGUACUCCGUAAACUAUUGUAGGUGCUCAGAGUUGCAUGUAUCUUUUUUAUGAAAGAAGUUGCACGUAUA